AUCUGUAUAAAAACGGGCCGCGCGCGGCGUCCGCCCUUUCGGAAGGCCUCGUUGAGAUGGCGCCGCAAAAAGACAAACUGAAAAAAACCACUUGCAGGUACAACCUUGAUCUUACCCAUCCUGUUGAAGAUGGCAUAUUUGACUCAGGAAACUUUGAACAGUUCCUGAAUGAGAGAAUUAAAGUCAAUGGAAAAACAGGAAACCUGGGAAAUGUAGUUCACAUUGAACGUUUUAAAAAUAAGAUCACAGUAACGUCAGAAAGGCAGUUCUCAAAAAGGUACCUUAAAUAUCUCACAAAGAAGUACCUCAAGAAGCACAAUCUCCGUGACUGGUUGCGAGUGGUAGCAUCUGACAAGGAGACCUAUGAGCUGCGUUAUUUCCAGAUCAGUCAUGAUGAUGAAGGAUCUGAAGCUGAGGAAUAAUGAAUUUUUAAAUGGAGCACCGUGUUCCUGAAUGAGCAGGGUGUACACUCGAUCAUCUAUUUAUGAGCAUGCAUUAACUUAUUACCAAACCGAUCUUGUAUGCUAUUUUAAAUCUCCUGUCACCUCUGAGAUACCUUAUAUUUUCAAAGUUUUAUUAAAUGGCUGUCCUGAUGGAAAU